UUGCUCCUUAAGAAGAAUGCUAUAUUUGAUUCUGUUCCUCCAGUCGGAAAUAAUAAAGAAAAUAUUGUUUCGUUACCAAAAUCCAUCGAAUGUCCCUUAUCUACUGAACUAUCAAGUCCCAAUCCUAACCUUCGUCGCUUUGUCAUCGAGCUUGGGACCUCAUCGGAUAGUGAUUCGGACCAGCCUGUCGAAGAAGGCAAUCAAGUUAGGGUGAUAAAGUCAACCGCUUUUCCUCCCCUUUUUAAACCGCCUUCAAAGCCAACCCAUAUUCAUCAGUCCAGGAUACCUCUACUUUUAUCUCUUCAUUCAUCAGAGAAGAGGCUUCUCAAGCAUCGGCACAACCUUUCCCGUCUUAAGGCUUCUAUCUACAGGCAAUCUAAUCUUAUAUCUCAAAGAGAGUCUGUCCAAAAGCAGUUGUCGGAAUUAAUAACCAAACUUAAAGUGCGACUCAGAAAAACGGUCAAUCUUCAUCGCCAAGCGAGUACUGCCUUAGUUAAAGCUCGACAUGCUGAAAAUCGCCUUCAAUCCAAAUACUCUGCUGAAGUCAAAUCCUAUAGUGAAUUCCUUACUCAUCUUAGAGGACUUGUUGAAAAGCAAGCAAAUACCACUAGUAAAGAUAUUGAUUCGCAUAGAAAAUCUGCUGACCCCGGGGAUCGACUCAUUAAUCGGCAUAAAGAAACUCUGCGUUUGCUUUUUGGGAUUUUCCAGCGAGCCAAAUUCAUUCAAAUAUUUAAUAAUUUUCUGCUAUUUCGUCGCUCUCCUACGAAAAUAAUUUCUUCGGUUGCAUAUCCUACUGCUGAAUGCGUGAGUAAUGGUUCUGAGCAUUCAGAUAGUCUGAUUAGCAUAGAUCCUUACCUCCCUCUCUGUCCAUUUAUUCUCGAUGGUGAAUGCAUUGAUCCUGCUUGCACAUAUCAACAUCUGAUUCCUAAAGAAGCUAAUUUCAAACUUUGUACUCUCAAACCUAUUAACCGGAGUCCGCCAAUAUUAUGUAGUAUUCCAGAAUCAUCCGGUUUAGAACUUGUUCGUUCUGGAACGGAAUUUUGUGAGGUUUGCUGUGACAACAUAAAACGGCAUAUUCCUAUCAAUCCUUCUUCUUCAGAGAAUUUGUUAAGGAUCUGGCAUGCGGCUUUUUGCUAUUGGAAACAAAACGAAAAAAUAUCGUUAAAACGUUUCCAGGCACAAAGUCGGCGAAUAUUUGAAUCAUCUCCCUUAGCUUAUGGUAUUUGCAAACACCAUCUGCACGCCCUCAGUCUUUCAUUAAAAAGCCCCCAGACUAAUUACAAAUCUGCUGCUUCUUCCAUAUUCCGUUCUUUGCUUACUUCUGAAUUUCCCCUUGAUGCAUGCAAAUUUGCCUUUAGAUUACCAAAGCUAUCUUUGAAGUAUAGAAGAAUCCUUCUAUUUCAUUGUCUUAAGUAUAUGAUAGAUUUAUCUCACACAGCAUCAGUGAGCGUAGAGAGACAAAUUGAUCUUAUAUUACCUUUCACUUUUAUUGUAUAUCACUGUCUAAGAAUAGACCUUGAAUAUUCAAAUCAAGGCCCUACAUUUACUUUGCUUGACAAUCUGCUGUCAGAUGAAGGCCUGUUGUCUUUGGCACCAAAACAUUUAUUUAGAUGGAGCGUCUGGCAUCUGAGGCUCCUAUUGGAUCUGACUUCACCCAAUUUCUUUGACGAUUCGUCAAUUUUCCUUCCCUUAGUUUCAUAUCCCAACAACUCUAAGCUUGUUUCAAUGCGAGACGUUUUUGUGGCUGCAACCAAAGACCUUAAUCUUGAGCAGGACUUGCUUAAUGUAAUUGAUCGAUUUGCACUCUCCCCUAAUUGCUUGGGCUCGCUUUAUGCAGGUCCAUUGGCUGUUGGAUAUUUGUAUAUACUUUAUGUUAUAGCUGAAGGAAGGCUUGAACCAGCCUUUACAUUGUGCUUGCGUUUAUCAUUAUGCCUUCCUUGUAUCGUGAAGGAGGACGAUUUCUUUUUUCCCCUUGCGGUUCAAAUAUUUUUACGUAGUAAACAGGCGUCAGGUUCUGCCUCCGAGUUCUUGUCAGAGGUUAGUAAACUCUUCCCCUCGCUUACUUCAGAUGAUUUAAUCUCCCACCGCAUUGAGUACGCUUUUAUUUCUGCUUGCCAUGCGUGGCAGAAAAAGCGCGUCCGCAGUGCUGCUUCAAUUUUAGAGGAUCUGAUAAUUGAUCUUGUUCAUCAUCUUCCUUCUACUUUACCCUCAACAUUUGCUAUCGCAUUUCGCGUACUUCUCAACAUUGCAGAUCAGUAUACUCUCCUUCGAAGUCUUCAUAGUUUUUAUCCUUCCACAAGCAGGUCCAGAUGCUAUUUAUGGCUGUGCUAUAUACUCUACCAGAUCCUUCAUUCUUGUGAUCUGGAUAAAUUAUUAAAAGAGCUUAAAUCAUACGUCCUUUAUUCGAGUGAUCAUUCUUUCGAUGUGACUCCCAUUGCUGGUGGUGUGGCUCAUCCUUGGCCUAUCUCUAGAUCCCUUUUAUUUGCCGGGCUUCAGAUUGCGUCUCGCCUCACAAAUGAUUCGGCCUACAUUGAUAGUCUUACUUCACUGCUCCUAGCAUCACCCAAUCAUAUUCUACCGACUAGUGCUACUCCAUGGCUAACUGGACUUAUUCAGGAAAUUGAUCUGGAGCGACUAUCAUCCCCUGAACCACGCUCUUCCAUCUGUAUGCAUCUCGUGGAACGCUAUGGAUAUGCAGUUGUGCCCCUUAUCUGCCGGAGCCUUUUCGCUCUUGGUGACACUUGGUUGGCAGAAAGACUUUGUGAUAUUGCAGCUCUGGAUCAACCUGAUUCUGAAGAAUUUUGGCUUCUUCACGCUUCCCUUAAAUUGGAUGACAUGCUGCGUAUCCGCAGUUAUGAACCACGAAGAGAUAAACGCGACGUCAAUUCAGCUAUUCUUAUUGAUAUUUUAUCACAAGGCAUCCUCUCUGUUCCUUCAAGUAUACGUCUUUGGCAGGAAUAUUCUGCCAUCGUUCGUGACCUUGGUGAUGGGGUUAGCAGACAGCGUUUAACAGACGCAGCAAACUUAGCGGGUCUUAAUGAACUCGUGGAGGACAUACUUUCUCGACCCCCUGGAACAGAGAUC